AUGUCCCAUCUACUACCCCCCAACCUGCUCCGACUGUUCGCCCCCCGCCCGCACCCGCCGUUCCUCAAACCACUCACCAGAGACGAACGCAGCCGCGGCCCCAACAAGCUCUCGGGCGUUGCGCACCUGGCGCAGAGGAUCAAGGAGGAAGCCGAAGAUGCGGAAGUAAAGCUGGGGAUGGAGGUUGCUGAAAAGGAGAAGGCUGCGCAGGCGAGCGAGGAUGUCAAGCCGGACGUGGCUGAUGCUGUAAAGGAGGAAGGGGAAGAUGGAGAAGUCAAGGAGGUGGUAGAGGAGUCGGGAAAGAAGAGGAAGAAGGCCAAGGACAAGAUUGCCGAGAUGGGUGUUAUCGGAGAGGAAGCUGUCAAGAUGAGAAAGGAGCUGAGAAAGAAGAGGCAAGAAGAGUACAAGAAGAAUGCGGAAAAGACUUACAAACCGCAAGACGACCCUUCAGCUAUCGGCGACCCAUAUAAAACCCUCUUCAUCGCCCGAUUAUCGAAAAAGGCCACUGAAACCGAUCUUCAGCGAGAGUUUGAAAUGUACGGCCCUAUCGAGAGAAUACGCAUUGUUCGCGACAGGAAGGGAAAGAGCACCGGCUAUGCUUUUAUCGUGUAUGAGCGGGAACGAGACAUGAAGGCCGCCUAUAAGGACGCCGAAGGCAUCCCGGUCCACCACAAAAAGAUCCUUGUAGAUGUUGAGAGAGGACGUACAGUCAAAGGCUGGAAGCCCCAGCGACUCGGAGGUGGUCUCGGCGGUCGACCCAAACCCAUACCCGUAGAAGCUACUCCUGUCCUGGCGCCGUCUGGUGGAUUCAGAGGAGGUCGAGGUGGAUUCCGCGGUGGUGCUCGCGGUGGUGGGUUCCGUGGCGGAUUCCAGGGAGGAAAUCGUGGAGGCUUUGGCGGGGGAGAUCGCGGUUUCAACGGAGGCGGUGACAGGGGUGGAUUCGGAGGGAGGGGAGGAUUCCGAGGAGGAUUCCAAGGAAACAGGGGCGGAUUUGGAGGCGACCGUGGGGGCUUUGGGGGUGGAGACCGAGGAGGGUUCCAAGGCGGACGAGGUGGAUAUGGAGCAAAUCAAGGAGGGGUUCCUGGUGGAUUUGGAGGCGACAGUGGCUACGGCGGGGGCGGCGGUUUCCAACAACAAAAUAAUGGUUAUCAAGGAGGAGGAAACUUUGGCGGGCAGGGCGGUGGAUUUAAGCGCGACUUUGACAAUGCUGGUGGCCCAGGAGGAUACCAGGGGGGAGGAGGAGGCUUUGGAGGGAGCGCUGGAGGAGGAGGUUACCAGGACCGAGAUCCCAAGAGGAUGCGGUAUUGA